AUGAUAGCAGAAACAGCCCUGGACAUUGGAGGUCGUUUCCAGGUCUUCAUUCUCGUUGAUGUAAAAGACGGAGGGCUGGACUUGUUUGAUGAUCGUGUCUACAAUGAAACCCUCAAGAAGAGCGUCCCGGACGAGUUCAGAGACAUGGCUUUACUGUUCAACGAGCCGCUGCUUCGCGAGUGGUAUCCUAAAUUCAGCGAACAUGGUGCUCAAGAUCAGAUGUAUCAGGCUUUGCAGGUUUUCAGUUAUUCGUUCCCGGAAUUCGACUAUGUUUGGCAGCUAGAAAUGGAUGCUAGAUAUACGGGAAACGUUGCCACAAUGUUGACGAAUGCUGGCCUCUGGGCGGAACGACAGCCACGGAAGAAUCUGUGGGAACGCAACGCUCGGUGGUUUGUCUCAGGGUUGUGGGAUGACUACAGCGAAUUCUCAGCCCACGUUGAUGAGGAGUUCUCUGAUGACAGCGGCAUUUGGGGACCAGCCCCUGGCGCUGAGCACUAUAUCAAACCUCAGGGACCAACACCGCCCGACCGUCAGCAUGCGACUUGGGGAGUUGGCGAGGCCGCAGAUCUCCUCACCUUUGCACCAAUGAUCGACACAAUCGGAAGCAACUGGACCUACGAGCACACUGUUCACGGCUUCCAACCAGGAGACGGUCUUCCACGACGCAUGGGCAUCGUCAGCAUGACUCGGACAUCACGCCGUCUACUUCGUCUGAUAUCUGCCGAGCAGAGAGCGACCGGUGCCUGGGUCGUCAGCGAGUCCACACCGGAGACAUGGUCGUUCCUGCAUGGUCUGAAGGCAGUGUACGUGCCUCAUCUAUUUGCCUUCAACUUCGAGGACGGCGACAUGAGCACGGUGGAACUCGACAAUAUGGUGCACAGAGGACCUGCCCACAGCCUUGCUAGUGGUGAGAAGACGGGGUUUCUAUGGUGUGAAAAUGGCAUGGGCAUACCGGAGGGUCGCUGGCUUUCUGCGAGUUACUUUUACUGGGCUGGGGAUGCACCGAAUGUCUGGUGGGACUAUACGAAUGGGACUUGCACCUAUCCGUUGCUCCUUCAUCCUGUCAAGCAAGGCUGA